UUCAAUUCAAAAUGAGUGGCAGAGGAAAGGGAGGAAAAGGGCUGGGGAAAGGAGGCGCCAAGCGUCACCGUAAAGUUCUCCGUGAUAACAUCCAGGGCAUCACCAAACCCGCCAUCCGCAGACUGGCGCGCCGUGGCGGUGUGAAGCGUAUCUCCGGUUUGAUUUACGAGGAAACUCGUGGAGUCCUUAAGGUUUUCCUUGAGAACGUGAUCCGUGACGCCGUUACUUACACCGAGCACGCCAAGAGGAAGACCGUGACCGCCAUGGACGUGGUGUACGCCCUGAAGAGACAGGGUCGCACUCUGUAUGGCUUCGGAGGUUAAUCUGUUGUACAUCCAACAACGGCUCUUUUCAGAGCCACCCACUCCUCCUUAAAGAGAAGCACUUCUCAUCUAAUCUUUAGAAACGUGUUCUAAACUUUACACCAGCGUCAAUGCGCAACGCCAUGCACCGAUGGUAAGGUUUAAAUAUAAACGUAUGGUUAGAAUCGCAUUUUCUGUAAGUAUUUUCGUACAUUUCAAAGACCAAAUACCAUGACGUAACAACAUUUCACCGCCUUAAAUCAUCAUCAGCACCAAACUGCACUUAGGCUCUUAAUGCUCCGUUACAAUGGGGUUUGUUCUUUAAUAUUGAACAUUGAGUUUUAGGUAUAAUAUAGGCUACUUAAUCUGCCACCAUUUACUUAAAAAAAAAAAAGCAUAUUAAUGAAGUUGAGGAAAAUGUGUUUAUUUAUGAAGAAACUACUGUUCAGUGGAGGAGACAGGAAUGGGAAAAAAGGGGCAAACACAGAUUUACGUGCGGUGUUACGAGACAUCAGGUUAGUUUUUAAACUAUAUGUUGACUGAG